UCCUAGGUAAUGCUGGUAGUCCCCAACGUAGCAACAGGCUAGAACCAUCGCCAUCGAGACGGUUUCGUGCGACAGUACCGUAUCCAUCCGGACGAGUAACUUUCGUGGGAGAACGCCUACGACAUUUCCAGUUCUACCUGAGCAUCCGACCGAUUGCGGAUGUGCUUUAGGUUGCAUCGCGAAGGUGUGAAAUCCGAUCGGAUUAGAUCAGAUCAGAUCAUCGGGCUGUUGCUCCACUGACCAGCGCAAAGAAUUGAGUGAAAACUGUAAUAGCAGAGAAUCAGUGAACGUUGGCGGAAGAACAAACCGACCGAAGUGAUAAUAACUGAAUCGGCGUGAAGUAAUUAGUACGUUCUUGAACGCAGUGAAAGUGAAAUUGAAUGGUGUAAGGGGAAAUAAAAGGAGUUGGAAAAAUGAAUUUUGCUACACUAAUAUUGGCUGCCCUUAUGGUGACAGCACAAACUGAAGAAUUCAAUGGAUACUUCUACCCGAAGCCCAGCUGCGACUUUGGGGUGCCGCAAACAGUUUAUGUAACUCGAACUGCCACAAACUACCUAACCCGUACCGAAACCAUCCAGGGAGGUAUUCAAUAUGACGAGCAAACCGUCACGCAAUAUUCUUCGAUCUACAUUACGUCGUCAUACGUUCAAACCGUUCCGGUGUACCAAACCGUAACUAGAACCAAUACCUACACCGUCACAGCUCCUGCACAACCUCCACGGGUCCAAUACAGUACAAUCACUAUUCCGCCAGUUGUCUCAACUUACACUUCAACCCUCAUCAAAGCCACUCCUGUGUAUCAGACCAUUCGAGAUGUCAGCACUGUAACGUUACCUGCUCAAAUUCUUCCGGCACAAACCUACUACGAUACAGUAUCGCUUCCUGCAGUUACCAGAACAUCCACCGUCAUCCGCACCUCUACCGUUCCAGUUGUGCAGACAGUGCGCGAUGUAGUCACUGUUGCUGCUCCUGCAGUCACACUACCGCCACAAAUCGUUUACUCCACUGUACAGUUGCCUCCUCAAGUUCUAUACUCUACGCAGUAUAUCACCACAACUCGACCGGUAGUUCAGACCAUCCGGAACACUGUUACUCUGCCCGCAGUUACUCUUCCCGGACAAACCUACUACAACACUGUUACGCAACCUCCUGUAACCGUUGUUUCCACCGUCGUCAACAACGUUCCUACUCCGGUCUACCGAACCAUCACCAACACCCAAACCGUUACACUCCCUGCCCCGGCACCGCAAUAUCAAACCAUCUACUCCACAGUGACGCUCCCCGGUAGGGAUCAAACUCAUACUAACUACCGAACGACAACCUUGCGGGACGUUCAAUACAUCACACGUACGGUGACUAAUACCAUCCCCGGUGUGCAAUACGACGCACAAACCAUUUACUCCACUGUGACACUCCCGGGCGUUACGAAGACCUUCUGUGGGCCAGAAAAUACUUAUCUGCCCUCAGCGGAUGAUAAUACCAUUGGGAGGGGCAACAGUGGAUUCGGAGGUUUCAAUGGACGGUACAAUCGUUUCUUCUAAUUUUAAUCUAAUUAAAUUAGAAUCGUAUAUGUAAAUAAAAUACUCUCUGUCAGCUGCCAGUAAACCAGGAAUACGAGAACUCGGAAUUUAAAUACGUAAACAGCGUGUUUAGUGAUAUGAAGUUUCAUUCAGAAUUAAGUAGUAUACGAACGAUUAAACGAAUUUGCGCAAAAGCG